AUGGGCCGAAAAUACAGCCGUUGGCGACGACAGGACCUUUCUACAACAGAGAACCUGUCUUUCCCCCCUUUGUCCAUUGUUCAAGAGUGGGGUGUUCAACCAAUGGUUGAGCACGUCACGUGUGUCUCUUGGGGUGUGUGUGUGUGUGUGAGUGGGUGUGUGAGGCAGCCCUUGAUGGCAGAAGGACAGGUAGCCUACCUACCACUGUGUGAAGCUUAGUCCUGGUGAUGAACACAGCUUUGAUGCAGAGAGGUGGGAGACAGGUACUGUGAGGCAGAAGCAGAGACCGGGUGCAGGAUGGUGAGGUGCUGGAAGCGCACAGAGGCCACGACAGGGGACUCGGAAUGCACGGUAACGGGCGUAUGGAUUGGCUCCAUCAGUAGGCUUUCAGUGUAGGGCUGUUGUUGAACGCGUGGUUUGUGUGAGUUGAAGUCCGUGACAUAACUUCUCAAGAGCUGACGUGUUCAGUAUUGACAGUAAACCACUGCUGGGUUGUGUCACUGAUUCUAGCAUUCAAAUUAAAUUCUCAUUUGUGUUCUCGUUUGAACAAAUACAGCAUUGAAUGUUGGUGUGAGUUAAACUGAGUUGUGCUGAAUUGCCUGUUUAUAUGAAUAUAGUUAAAAAUGUCCUGCCAUUACAUUACAUCUACUUUGUACUGGUUACUUGUACAAUAUUAAUUCUUUAGAAUAUACUUAAUUAAGGGUCAUACCAAACAGGAGAAGACAUUACAGACAUAACUAAUGUGUGAAUUUCCUGCCAAAGGAUACUGGCCAGAAUGUGGCUCCAAAUUUUCUUCACCGAGUUUUCUGGGGGUGCCUGUCUGCCACGCUGUUCAUCCUGAUUGUGGCCGUCAGUGUUUACGCACAUUUAGGCAUCUCACAAGAUGACCCAGAGUCUGCUAUGCAGGUUGUCAGAAUCACAGCUCCUGACCACUCUGGUACUUUCUUCAAUCAAUCUGCGUUGGUGGACAGACACAACAAUGUGAUCACCUGUUCAGUUACAUCGCAAGCCAACCAUUCCUCUACGGUGCUAUUUGACAUGAAGCAUGGAUUGGUGUGCUACAAGCCAGACAACCAAAACACCUGCUUCCUGCGCAAAAUGGAGGGGUCCGAUUAUGACAACGUGAACUCGUUAUUGAACGUGUCCCUCCAGCAGGUUAACCAAUUCUGGCUGAUGGGGAACGAGACACACAGACACUCUGAGUAUUUGGGGGUUAUCGCAGGCAGUCAAGUGGACACCUCAACCCUCCAAAAGCCCAUUCAGGACCUCUGCCAGCAAAGUUCUGUAUACUGGACCAAGAGAGCCGAUGGUCCGGGGAGACAACGGCUCAUUUACUUCUGUAUAGACAUUUGCUUUCCCAGCAACAUCUGUGUGUCUGUAUGCUUCUACUAUCUGCCCGAAUGAAUGACCGGGUACUGGGCUCAGAGUGUGACCACAGCUGACAAGAACAACGGAUCACUCUUAUUCUCUCCCUCUCUCCAUCCCUGCCGCACAGAACCCAACACAAUGUCUGGAAGAAGGGACGAAAGCCACACACACACGCACAGAAUCAAGUGCAUGCACACUCACGCUCGCUCACCCUCUCUCACUCCCACAUUCAUAAGACUCAUCGACCCAGUCAUUCCACAGGGGAAAACGGAAAGAGUCUGACAAAUUAUCUCCAAAGCACUCAUCAUCAUCAUCAUCUUUCUAGUGCCCCUUUGGAGAAGUGCUCCGAGGGCAUUCAUUUCAAAGACUCAUUCCUGCUCGCGUUCCAUGUAACCUGAAGCCGAUUAUUAACUGAGUUUUUCUGCAGGACUCUCUCGAGUCUCCCAAUAAAGCACCAUUGAGGUA